GACAUAGAAACACUCCAUGGUAUGGUCCAUGUCACCAUAAAGGGCUCACUGCAGGAAAAUAGACCGGUUAUCCUGACAUACCAUGACAUCGGGCUUAACCAUAAAUCCUGUUUCAACACGUUCUUCAACUUUGAGGAUAUGCAGGAGAUCACCCAGCACUUUGCUGUCUGUCACGUGGAUGCCCCAGGCCAGCAAGAAGGGGCCCCAUCCUUCCCAACAGGGUAUCAGUACCCCACCAUGGAUGAGCUGGCCAAAAUGCUGCCUCACAUUCUUAUGCACUUAAGUGUGAAGAGCAUCAUUGGUAUUGGAGUUGGAGCAGGAGCCUACAUCCUCAGCCGAUUUGCACUCAAUCAUCCCGAGCUGGUAGAAGGCCUUGUGCUCAUUAACAUUGACCCAUGUGCUAAAGGCUGGAUUGACUGGGCAGCUUCCAAACUCUCAGGCUUGACGACCAACAUCGUGGACAUCAUUUUGGCUCAUCACUUCGGGCAGGAAGAGCUGAGGACCAACCUGGAACUGAUUCAAAGUUACAGACUACGCAUUGCCCAAGAUAUCAACCAAGGAAACCUAGAACUUUUCCUGCGGUCUUAUGAUAGACGCAGAGACCUGAAGCUUAAAAGACCCAAACCAGGCCAAAAUGAUAACAGGUUGAAAACAUUAAAGUGUUCUACUUUACUGGUGGUAGGGGACAAUUCACCUGCUGUGGAGGCUGUGGUUGAAUGUAACUCUCGCCUUGACCCGAUAAAUACGACUUUACUGAAGAUGGCAGACUGUGGAGGACUGCCCCAAGUAGUCCAGGCUGGGAAGCUCACCGAGGCCUUCAAGUACUUUUUGCAGGGGAUGGGCUACAUACCAUCUGUCAGCAUGACCCGGCUCACCCGAUCACGAACAUACUCAGCCCCCAGUAACAUCGGAUAUGAAAAAACUUAUUUUAACCAACCUGUGACCAGCAAUCAGUCAGAUGGAGUUCAAGAAGCCUGUGAGGCCCCUGAUGUCCCGAACACACACCAGAGCAUGAAGAUGCCCUGCUAA